CUGAUGUGGGCCACUUUGUUGUGGAAGAUUAAGAACUUUUUGUGUACAUUGAACUUUAUUGCAAAAAAAAAUUCUCACAUUUAUGCAUUUUAUUAGCAAUUUUAUGAAUUUAAACACGAAUCUUUAAACCAUUUGUUAUUAAGUUUUGUAAUAAAAUAAAUUUAAAAUGUCUUGUUUUGGGUGUAGCAAAAAAUAUGGAAUGUUUACUAAAGAGUAUGGCUGCCCAAAUUGUGGUUAUUCGUAUUGUGCAAAAUGUCUAAAACGUCCAAUGGCAGUUCCACGGCAAGGUGGUAAAGUUCUUAAUGUCUGCCUAAUAUGCUACGAUAAACUCUCGAAGUUGCAGGCAACAGAAAAAGUUAUCGAUUGUGAGGCAUUACCCGGCACUAUAGUCACCAAACCAUUGUUGAGUCAACAAAAAUCUGAAACUGGAAUUGCUGCUGUCGCUGCUGAUUCAUUGUUUGAAAUCGACUUGCCACCCGAUGCAUUAGGUGAGAUAUUAGCACCAAGCGUGUCGACUGCUAAAACAGAAACACAUUCCAACACAAAUACCUCAGAGAUAGAUGAAAAUCUUGAUAGUGUAAUCACUAAACGUUUAAAAGAUUUGAAAACUGUAGAUAAUUUAAGUUCAGAUGAUGAAAUACGCGCUCGGCUUACAAAUCUAAGUGGCAUGCCACAUAAUAAAAACUACGAUAAAAAAGAUUUACUGUUGCAGACUGACCAAAGAACUGAACAAGAAAAAAUAAAUGAUUUAUUAGAAAACUUCUUAGGUGAAAGUGCAGUUGAUCAGCGCAUAUCAAAUGAACGUAAAGACGCUAUAUCUGAUAUUGAAAGACGUUUGCGUGCCUUACGAGAUGCACCAGUUGAGAGUACACAAUCGACAAACACUAAUACACCUAGCGACAAUGAGGAAAAUGUUGAAGAUGUUAUUAAAAGUAUAGUUGCUAAGUAUGUAGCUGAAGCGAAUUUACCAGAAACAAGUUCUGAUUUAAAUGAAGAACUCAUGCUGAAUAACUCUGGCGAAAAAACUGAUAUGAAACCUACUGAAACGGAAGAAUUACCUUGGUGUAUUAUUUGCAAUGAGGAUGCUGUCUACCGUUGUAAAGGCUGCGAGGGUGAUUUGUUUUGUAGACAAUGUUAUCAUGAAUGUCAUGAUGAUGAUGAAGAGUAUCGUCAGCAUCCUAAGGAAGAUUACUCUGCUCCACCAAAAUUUAAGGAAAAUCAUUUUUGAGCUUAUUAAGUUUUUAUAGUGUAAUAUUUUAUUUUAUAUUUAUUGUUGUUAAAUAUUUCAAAAAUAUUUAUUUUAAUAAUUUUUUAUAUGUAUAUUUUGUAGUAAAUUUAAAUGUUUAUGCGUACGUGUCUACAAACAACGAAAUUUACGAACUUCUGCAAAGCAGUAUAGCCAGUAUUUAAAUAAACACAUCAUACUCACCAUGUACCAUGUACCUUAUAAAUAGGGAACAUGCAUAAUAUUAAUUUGUUUAUAUAAUUGGCAAAUAAAAAUAAUUAAAACUCCUAUGAAUGUUGUUUUUGUUAC